GCAGUCUUGUCAGAAUGAGAAAACCGAACGGGGACUGGCCACGACGGAUCCCCGGGAAGCUUUUUCGCCGGUAGUUGACUCGACGCAAGCAAGCGACUCCGCUGAGCCACCUUGGCUGCCGUUACCAGCUACAUGUGUUUUCUUUAGCAAAAGUGCGGCGCUUCUGGAUUUCGAGGUCCCCGUGCUUCAGCCGACAAACAUGUUGAGUUCACGUGCCGAUAGCGCUUUCCAAAAACAUGCGUGUUCCCGUCUGAUAUCUCUCGUGGGUCUACCUCCUGUGCUGGAACUGUAGGCCAGCGUGCCGUUGUUUCAGACGUUUUCACCGUCUUAGUCGUUUCUCUCCAAGCUGAUUGUACCUUCAUCGUCGCGUUCCUUCUAGUAAAAAGAGUUGGUUUGCUUGCCAGUGAAAGUUAUUGGAAGAAACUGUCAAAGUUGCGUAUGGGCCGCCAGUGCGUGUCGGUGUGCGCGAACUAGAGCGUAGCUGAGUAGCCCCCCCAGGGUUCCACAACGCUAGAAAGGAAACGUUUUUGUGUGUUUCGCAGUUGACGCGGUUGCAUUUGAAACCACACACGAGCUUUAACUCCCACUCACUCUGAAAGCAGUGACAGUUCAAGGCAAUGUAACGCCAAAAUAUUGGCGGCUCUCUCCCUCCCGAGGUGCCAGGCUCGCGUGCCCACUGCCAGUUUCCUCUCCCCUUCAUUUUUUCCGACAUUCGAUGGGGGAACUUCCCCGUUUCAACCAUCGUCGCCGGAGUUGAAUUUCCCUUUUACUCGCUAGUCUACCACUGUUACCGAAUGUGAAUUCCUUUUCUCCCGGUGCCGUCCCGCUUCGACUCUUGUCACCGAACUGAGUUUCCUCAAGUAUGGGUCGGGGGCGCCUGCUCCUGGCGGAUCCGACGAGUCGCGGAGAGGACUGCAGUCGGUUGCCGCACAUUUCGAUUUCGGAUCUCCAGAUCGACAAAGAAGCUCUUCAGGUUGUCCUCGAAGAUGGCUGCUCAGCCGAGAGUGCACACUCGGCGAGUGGGCCGUCGAGGGAGCUCGGCAAGCGUGCAAAAAUUGUGGCUUCUCUACGAUCGAAGGCGGAACAGCCCACGGGAGACCCGACUUCGUCUGUGUCGAAGAAACCGACUCGCCGCCACAUCUGCGAAGGAUGUGGGCACAGUCGCUCGUUCUGGUGUGGAAGUUGUCACUGCGCCGUGGGUUCGCCUGAAGCGCGAGCUCGCAUUCCUCGUCUCCAGUUGCCUCUGACUUUUCACAUUGUCAGACACCCGAAGGAGAAGGCCAGCAAGUCGUCCGCCGUGCCUCUCGGGAUCGUGGCGCCGGAUCAAGUCCACAUCCACACUUUCCCGGAUCUGCCGCCGUCGCUGUUUCCCGGUAGGAGUUCCGUUGACAAAUCCUCCGAACAACAAGAUCGAAAGGAAUUCAAGAGAGGCAAGCGCCUUCACGUGCUCUUGCCGGACGACGACGCAACGCCGAUCGACCGUGUGAACUGGGACGAAGUGGAAGGGUGCGUGCUGCUGGAUUGCACCUGGUUCCAAGUGCCCGGGCUUCGCAGACACCCUGGCAUUUCGGAACUCCCGAAAAUCGCUCUCGGCGGAUACAGCUCGAUCUUCUGGAGGCAACACAAACACAACGAGGCCUGCUUCCUCUCGACUGCCGAGUGCGUAUACCACGUGCUUGUCGCGUUCCACGAAGCUGCCGCGCGGCGAAAGGAUCCGAUUGAGACAGCCAGCGGGGAGUUCGAGAACCGACCCGACAGGGAAGUCGAGGGCAUUCGUCGAAGUGAGAGUUUGACGCAGGCGUGUCCUACACAAGCCGGAGGUGCACAGAAAGGUCGCAGAACCAGCCUUUUAACUGAUGCGGCGCCCGUGUCUGCGUGCUCUCCGGGCGAACCUUGUCGAAGUCAGGAAAGAGAGAGUGGAGGUUGCGGACAGCAGAGAAAAGGUCGAAUGGGAAACGAAAACGGCGAGGCUUCGGAUUCCCGUGUUCUGAGCAAAUCAGAACAGGACCGGGACGCAGAGAACCGCACCGGAAGUGCGGGACACGCGGAGGGUGAAACGGAAGCAGUGCUGGAGUGCGGAAGAAAGGAUCGAACCUACGACGGGAGAUAUGACAACAUUCUGUUCUACUUUGUUCUGUGCCAUGGGAUUAUCUUGGAAGACCAAAAGAAGCGACUUGAGGAAAGACAGAAAAAUCCGGGUCCCGGUAGACUGCAUGGCUUGCAAACCGAAGAGGCACACGAUUCCGCCGCUUAGGUUGGGCUGUACGUAUACUGCGCUGAAGGUUGCUGGAGUCACUGGCGAGCUUCAGUCGCUUUUAUCUUUAAUCGUUUCGCACGGAUGCUGAAGGUAGUCUGGAAGUGUCUCUCUCUCAGGCUGCCUCGCAUGUCUCUCUGUCUCGUCUUUUAUCUGAUUACACACGAGUUUCCUCUUUUCCGGCAUCUCCUCGACGUUUUGGUCACGGGAGGUGUGGUGUUUUUGCUGGAGGAAGGCGCUUUGUGAGAACCGGUAUUUCCGAGGAAAUCUGUUUUCCGGGGUCAUUACUUUGUAUCGCAAAGUACAUUUCUGCUUUGUGUUCUUUGGAAAAUGCAUGGGAGGAUGAACGAGCUCCGCAGGUCCCGAACACUGGAUCUGUCAGGCAUCGUGACUCCAUUGUGAGUCGUGCAUUCACGUAUCACCAUUCUAAAAUUGGCAGCUCGAGUCUCAGUGAUCCUAGAGUCAUAAGACGUGGCAUAUACUACAAUGUGAUCGAAUCCAGAAAGAAGUGAAUUGUUU